AUGAGUAAUAACCAAGAUUGGCAAUCAUUUGCUAGGGACAUCCAAAACCGUGCGCGUAAGAUGCAAACAAGAACCGGUGGUGCUGGUGGUCCAAAAGGUGGUCCAGGUGGUAUAUUUGCCGGAUUUGGUGGUUUAUUAUUAUUAGGUGGUGCUGGUAUCCUAUUAAACAAUUCAUUAUUCAAUGUUGAUGGUGGUCAUAGAGCUAUUAUUUAUUCACGUUUAGGAGGUGUUCAACAACAAAUUUAUGCUGAAGGUACACAUUUUGCUAUACCAUGGUUUCAAACUCCAUAUAUUUAUGAUGUUAGAGCUAAACCAAGAAAUGUUGCUUCAUUAACUGGUACCAAGGAUUUACAAAUGGUUAAUAUUACAUGUAGAGUCUUAUCAAGACCUGAAGUAUCUGCAUUACCAAAUAUUUAUAGAACUUUAGGUACAGAUUAUGAUGAAAGAGUAUUACCAUCAAUUGUUAAUGAAGUUUUAAAAUCUGUUGUUGCUCAAUUUAAUGCAUCACAAUUGAUUACUCAAAGAGAAAAAGUUUCAAGAUUAAUUAGAGAAAAUUUAGUUCGUAGAGCUUCAAAAUUUAAUAUUUUAUUAGAUGAUGUUUCAAUCACUUAUAUGACAUUUUCACCAGAAUUUACAAAUGCAGUUGAAGCUAAACAAAUUGCACAACAAGAAGCUCAAAGAGCCGCAUUUGUUGUUGAUAAGGCAAGACAAGAAAAACAAGGGUUAAUUGUUAAAGCUCAAGGUGAAGCUAGAUCUGCUGAAUUGAUUGGUGAUGCAAUUAAGAAAUCUAAAGAUUAUGUUGAAUUAAAGAGAUUAGAUACUGCAAGAGAAAUUGCCACAAUCUUAUCUAAUUCACCAAACAGAAUUAUUUUGGAUAAUGAAGCAUUAUUAUUAAAUACCGCUUCUGAUUCACGUUUAAAAUAG